AUGGAGGCACAUGGAGCUAAAAAGAAGAAGAACUCCGAUGAUCUGAGAACAAUCAGAGACAGCUCACAUACGAUAUCAAUUCCAGCUGAUGUCAUUCCAGAGAUAUUCAAAGGAUUGCCUGUUAAAAGCCUAGCAAGGUUUGUUUGCGUAUCGAAAGAAUGUGCAUCCUUCAUUCGCAACCAAGAUUUCGUGAAAACGUAUUUGAUAAAAUCCUCGGAUAGCCCGCAAAGUCUCAUCUUUACAUUUGAAGGAAAGUGUUCCGGGAAGCAUUUUUUCUUCUCAUCGCUUCAGUCCCAAGAUCGAGGUGAAUCAAUAUCAUCUUCUCUAGCUGUUUACCAUAUGAAAUGCCAUUUCCGACCGUACACAACUUUUGCACCUUCUGUUAACGGCUUGAUUUGUUACGGACCUCCGUGGAAACUCAUGGUAUACAAUCCUAGCACUAGAUGGUCCAUUACUUUGCCUAAGAUUGAGUCUAUGAGGAUAGAUAUAUAUCAUUUCUUGGGUUAUGAUCCCAUCGGUGGUGAUUACAAAGUGUUGUGUAUGACUAAAGGAGACCCUGUUGGUUGGCGAUUUGGUUUAGCUCAAGAGCUUCGGCUUCUGACAUUGGGGAAGGAUAAAUCAUGGAGGAUGAUUGAAGAUUUUCCUCUUCACUUUCUUGAUUUUCAUGAGUCUCCUGAUAUAUGUAUCCAUGGUGUUUUGUAUUAUCGGGCUUUGCUCAACGAAGAUGGUACAGUGAAGCAUUCAUGA